ACAAAUUUAUGUUGAUGACGAGUUAUGGGAGUUCAACGUAUCCGAUGCUGAAUUCCAAGCAGCAACAACCGGCAAUGAAGAAGUUAUUAAGUAUUUGAUAAACCAAGAAAAUGAGAGGCGAAGUAUGACUGUGAUCGACAAUCUACCAGCUGAUAAUCUAAAAGAGUCUACAUCUGAAGCAAACAAAGCCAAGGAGUCCUUUGUGUGGCCAGAUAAAGCAGUUCUUUUGUUUCUGGAGAUCUACCGAGAUAAAGAGCCUGAAUUUGCUUCAGGUCUGAAACGCCAUAACAAAAUAUGGAUGGAAAUUGCCAAUGAAAUGAAGAAGGCAAAAUAUAAUGUCACUGCUGCUCAGUGUCAAAAUAAAAUGUCUGGACUGAAAAGAACGUACAAAAAUAUAAGUGACAGCAACAAAAAGUCAGGUAACCAUUCAAGUUCUUGGGCCUUUUACUCUGUUAUGGAGUCAAUAUUUGGAGAAAAGGCAUGGAUAGCACCUGCAUCAUUAGCCAGCAGCGAUGGUCCAUCCUCUCCAAGUUCUUCAUCUGCUUUAUCAGAGAUGUCAGCAACAAAUGAGUUAAAACCAAAGAAAAGACGAGUGGAAUCAAUUUUGGAAUCUUUCAUUAACGAAAUCAAAGGAGAUAAACAAAAAGAGAAAGAAGAGAGAGAACAGCGAAGAGCAGAAAAGGAAAAUAGAUGGAAGCAGAUUAGACAAGAACAGUUGGAAAUNCAUAAAGACAGAAUGCAACUUCAGGAAUCUUUGAUUCAAAUACUCGGUAAACUUGCUGAACGCAAGUAAUCUAAAGAGACUGUUUUAUAUCUUUUACAAUGUCGUUAAGUAUUAUUGCACAGCUAUUAUAUGAUACAAAACUCUGCAAAAUAAUACAUAACGACAGUUAAAAGUAACAGAAUAAACUUCUUAGCUUUCACUUUUUGUUUUUGUUACAGACUGCAUCACGCUAGUCAAAAUAUAAUUUUAUUUAGCUUUUUAUAUAUACGU